CGGUAGAACGUGGGUGUUUAUGCAGGUGUUGAGAGUACAAAAUUACGUUAAGCUUGGAAAGACUGUCGCAUAUCCCGAGAAAUCAGUCGACUAUAAAUGUGAUAAGGAAGUUUUUGGGUUGACGUGUAUUUGAAAUAUUGGCAUUGUCAAUUUUUGGGUUUUAUUCUUUAUUUGGCGGAAUGUUUGUAAUUUAAUAUUGUGAUUCUUCUACAAGUUUAGUGUGUGAAGUGUUUUGAUUUGGUGGUUAAAUUGAUUGCUUUACAAUAGAACUGUUUAUUGUAAGCGUAGUUACACGGACACUUAUAGGCUUUGUAAGAGACAGGAAUGAGGAAGAACAAGAGGUGGUGACCAUUCGCGAAGCAGCUCGCAGCGGGUGGUGAAGCAGCCAUGGGUUCUCUAGCCCUCGAAGAAUACGAGCUGAUGAAGGACUCCAAGUACAGGGUGUACGUGUCUGCUGUGGAUAAAGCCUUGAAAAGCUUUGAGUACACUAGUGAAUGGGCUGACUUGAUAUCUGCGUUAGGGAAAUUGAAUAAGGUGUUGCUGACGUACAUGAAGUUCCCUGUGAUACCCCGCCGCAUCAAGAUCAGCAAGCGCCUGGCACAAUGCAUGCACCCCGCCCUCCCCUCUGGAGUGCACCUGAAGGCCCUCGAGACCUACGACAUCAUCUUCAAGUGCAUGGGGACAAACAGGCUGAGUCAGGAACUGUUCAUCUACAGCUCAGGCCUGUUUCCCUUGCUGGGACAUGCAGCCAUGAACGUGCGACCGUUGUUGCUGACGGUGUACGAGACUCACUUUGUUCCUCUCGGGGAGCGGCUGCGUCCCGGUCUGAGUGGUUUCCUCAGCGGAGUGCUUCCCGGGCUGGAGGAGGGCUCGGACCACUUCGACAGAACCAACUCCCUGCUGGAGAAGGUGUGUGCGGAGGUGGGGCCGAGCCACUUCUAUGGCUGCCUUUGGGACUGCCUGGCGAGCAACUGUAGCAUCCGCCUGCCGGCCAUCUCGUACGUCCUGUCCCACUUCAACAAGAAGCUGACCAUGGAGGACCAGCUCUACAUCAUGGGCACCAACAUUGAUGUGAUGGUGAACGCACUGUGCGCAUGUGUGCAAGACAGCAGCGUGCUAGUGCAGCGAAGUGCACUGGACCUCCUGCUGAUAGGCUUCCCCAUGCACAAUAGCCAGCUGGUGCGUGCAGACAUGGCUCGUCUUGUCACGGCCAGCCUGGUCACCAUUCUGCGCCGUGACAUGUCUCUCAACAGACGCCUGUUUGCAUGGCUGUCGGGGUCUGAAGUGAACCUCUCAUUGCUUAACCCUGAACACCCAUUGGUGAAGAGAGCCAGCCAAUCACCUGAGCAUAAUCUUUACUUUCACAUGUACUCCAAGGACAUGCUCGUUCAGGCUAUAAAGGUCACCUUGAACCAAAAUGAUAUUCAAACACCAUAUGACCUGCGUUCAUAUCGACUGCUUGUGUCUUUACUGGAUAAGCCAGACAUUGGGCCAGUUAUACUAGAUGACAUCUUAUUUGAAGUAUUCAGGUCUCUGUAUCUUGCAUGCAACGAGGAGAGCGCCACGAAAGGGAACGGCCUGCCGAAAGGCAGCCAGGAGCUCCUCAAGUCUGCCAACCUGCUGUUCAGCACCCUGGAACCGUUCUACAUCUGGGUGUACAUAGGGACGUUGUUUUCCAGUGCGUGCUCGCGGCACACUGCGCCCAGUGCUAAUGGGCGCCCGGUCAAACCUGUUGGCAGCGGUCAACCCUCCCUGUUGGAAGUGUGUGUACUUGCUGAGUUCUUGCUGGACACUGUGUCGUUGGAGACAUACAUGGACACCACCAGCGAGCACUUGCCCAGCUUGUUCCUGCACAUCGUUGACCAGCUUGUGAACCACUGCCACAGCCUGUCGCCUAGAGAGCUCUCUGCGAGCCUGCAGCUGUGCACCAAGAUUCUGUCCAGGGUGCGGCCGUCCCCGCUCGCCAGCCCGCCGGACUGCUCUGCCAGGAAGACUUCCGAGAGCACGGAGAGCAGGUCGCCCUCCGAGGGCAACCAGGCGGGCGAUGACGCGGCGGGUGAGGUGUUCGAUCGCAGCCGUGCUUACAGCGAUUCCUUCAGUGAAAAGAAGUCGCCCAAGAGCAACAAAGCUGCCGCGAAAACUAAGAAGUCCGCCAGUUCCAAGUUCCGCAUUAAGGGCCUCGGCAAGAACUACAAAGCCCAUUCCAUCAGCACUCCUGUUCUUCUCUCUGUGGUUUCAAAUGAUCCGGAAAGAGUGCCCAGUCAAGAAAAGCAAGACGAAGAUGUCGACUCGGGUCUCGGUACGAGCUUGGGCUCUGGUAUUUCUUUUACGAGUCAGGCACGAUCAAGCUUCGAUUUAACGUCCUAUCACGCAGAAGAGUCUAAAGUUACAGUUGAAGAAACAGAAAGUUUGCAAGUACAGCCACUUGAAAAAGUUCCUGUGUGUGCAUCGCCGGUUCCUACAAAACAACAGUGCAUCUUGGAGCAGUGUAGACGAGAAUAUGAGAAGUUUUAUGUUACUUUUAUCCAGAAAGGACCAAUCUUAGGUGAACACGACAUGGCUAGCUUAUACCAGAAGCUGCUCAUCACAAAGUCGGUGGAUUCCAUCGAAGAGCAUGCUGGUAGGCUUAAAGAACUUUUGGAAGCGUGUUUGAACAGUAGGAAGAACAGUAGUACAGUUGGUUCAAGAGAGUUGGAGUUGGUCAGAAAAGAAGAGCAAGGUGAUUUGAAACAUUGUCAAGUGAUACCAGUUGGUGAUAUAUCUAUUUGGGAGGAUUCAAUGAAAGGAGCAUCAGAUCUGCUCGUAGAACUGUCAACAUUUCCAUCCUAUUGUUUACCAGAGCCGAUAUUGGAUGAUUCAGACUCUUCAGUGGCCGUGCUCCCCGAGUGGCUGCGGGUGCUGGUGGUGUGCUCGUGCUGGCUGGCCGCCAGCCCCUCCCUCCAGCUCGUGGCCAUCUCCACGCUGCUGGACCUCGUGUCGCUGCUGCGCUCCCAGAGCCUGCCGGAGGGCGCGGCCGGUGCCGGCGAGGCCCAGGGCAGCGUGGUGCCCGUCGUGCUGGUCCCCCUGCUCAGGCCGGCCCACGUCGCCUUCAUCGAGCACUCCACCAACGUCGAGCAGGUGCUGGCACACUCCCUGUGGAGCCACCUGGGGCAGCUGCCGUCGCGCUACCACACGACGUGUGUGGAGCUGCUGCACCAGCUCCACGGCGUGCUGCCGUGCAACGAUGCCGUGGAGAGCGUCAUCGGGGAGGCCCUGGCCAGCGGCUGCCCGCAGAGGCAGCUGGAGGCCUUCCAGAGGUUCUCCGUGCUGUGGCACGUGGGGCGGCACGUCGACGCCCACAGCGCCCGCACCUUCGACAAGUGCUUGCUGAAGAUGCUAGACACCCUGCAGACAAUGGAGUGCUGCCCGCUGAAGCUGCAGGCUCAGUCCUGGCUGUUGCACUCGCUCCUGCGCGGCGACGUGUCCCGUCUGCUGGACGCCCUGCUGCUGAUGCUGCUGGACCCGGCCACAGCGCGCAUGAGCGUGCUGCACGUCAGCAUCGCACACUCCGAGCCUGUGCCCGCCCCGGAGGACGACGACGCUGCCAGGAUCUACGCCAUCGGCUCUGUCGACGGCAACGUCAUCUACCACGUCUCCGACCGACCCUCGCGCCGUGCCGACCCCGUCAAGGCCAAGCGGAUCUUCGCCGUCACCACCCUGAUGGCUGGCGGCAAGGGGCGCUGCGUCACGGAGAAGAACCUGUCCCUCGGGGAGGCCGAGUUGCUGUCGUCUUCCGCGACGGGGCGCAAGCGCAACAUUUCCUUGUUCGUGAACCCGUUCGCCGCGAGUGGCAGCAGCAACAACAACUCUGUCGAUUCCACCACGGAGGAUGACUCCACUUCAAACAGCAUCAAGGAUGAUGCUCUGAAGUCCUCGGAAUACCCGACCAAAGCUAAAAGACUCGUUCCGGGGAAGAAAAAUGGUGUAGCCGAGAUCAGUGGCACUGAAGACAAGUUGUCGGCAGAUGAAGAUAGCUCUGAUUUCUUGAAGUGUGCUUCGAGGAAGAGUGUCCAGGAAAAUGAAUAUUCUUCCUCAUCCGAUGAAGGCUCUGCUGUCGUCAGCCGUGCUGCGGAUGACACGAUACCAAGUGAUGGCGAUCUAGAGGUGUCGACAACUGCUGAGGACUAUUUUGGUGCAAGUGGGGAGUCAAGUGUUAGCAUUGUGGAAGACAUUCUUCAUGAUGUGUUGGAUGAUGUUGUCAAUCAGUGCGACAAAUCGGAGGCUGCGCGCCCCGCACCGCCGGUGGUGACCUUCUCGUUCACGCGCCCCGCGCCGCUGCCCCGCGCCGCCCCCGGCGUCCACCCGCUGCACUCCCACCUGCUGCUGUACUGCGGGGUGUACGACUCGGGGCGCGCCCUGUAUGCGCUGGACGCGCUGCGGGCGCUGCUGGCCACCAACCCGCGUGUGUGCCUGUGUGCGGCCGCCACCGCCGGCCCGGCAGCGUCAUCCCCGCGCGCCCCGGCCCUGCUCGGCCUGCUGGCCCGCCACCGCAAGUCCGUGUUCGGCCUCGCCGGCCCCGCCUCCGAGUUCGCUUCCGCCUACAGAAGCAGUAUGUACCUGGAAGUUUUGAUACUGGUGUGCCUGUACUUUGCACGUAGCUUCUAUCCUAACCUGGGACAAAUGAGGCUGACCCAAGAUGAGCUAUCAGGUAACAGACAGGUUCAGCUGGCCAGCACUGAACUGCUGAUGUUGAUUUGCUCAGAGCUGAUCCUGAUAGUGCGCGACAGUGGGAAAGGCUUCGCGUGCUACAUUGCAGAUGUUCUGUCACGCUGCAAAGUGCAGAAAGUCGUGUUGCACUGCGUGCUCUCGAGCGUACACAGCAUGAAGACUGUUGCUGAAAAGGUAAAUGGUGAUAAAUCUUCAUUGACCUUCACUGAGGAAAUAGUGCAGUUCAACAACCCACCAGUUGAUAGGAGUGGAGGAUGCAAGUUCCGCUCAUCAGAUUAUGCAGAGGGUUUCCAGAUCCAAUUACUAAGGCUGCUGCUGUCGCUGCUGAUGCUGGAGCAUCAGGUGAAUGCGCAGAAGGGCGACGCGGACGCUGUGCCGACGGGCGCUGGCAAGGAAACGCAGGCCGCGGCAGGCGCGAAGUCUCCCUCGUCUUCGUUCCAGUUGAAGUAUGUGGCCGGGCUGCCCAUCCCGCAGCAGCCCAUGUUCCUGGCCGCCAUCCUCAGCGCCCUCAGGCAGGAACAUAUGAGGCACAUGCAUCAGCAUUGGACAACUCUUGUGGCAUCUGCACUGCCGUUCAUGGGCCAGUCUCUGAUGCACGUUGUGAUGAGCGUUAUUAAUCAGCUGUGUUCCAACCUGGAGAAGCUGGCUUCUUUCUACAGCAAGAGCUGUGACACAGCCAGCACGAUGCAGAUGUGCUGCCUGCCGCCGGACUACUCGGUGACGCAGCUGGAGGCGCUGACGCUGCUGUGUCAUUACUGCCUCCUGGACAGCACGCAGCAGGUGUCGCAUGCCUUCAGCCAGCAGCUGCUGGCGGGGGCUGCCUCCAUCCAGUUCGGGGUGCCGGGAGCCAACCCGGGACAGAUAUUCAACAACCUCAUCCACGUAUUCAUGCCAUCGCCGCAGCAGGAUGCAGGCAGUGUGAAAGACAAAGCCAGCCAAGCAGAAGCCCAUCUUGCAGCUCGCCGACUGGUGCUCAGUAACUUGCCUCGUAUCAUCGCGAGUGUCGCAGCACUCUGGCAGGCUGUCACUGCCAGCUGUGAGUGGGAGAAGCAAAGCUGUGUGCUGGGGAGCCCACGAGUGGUAAAACACCAGCUGUUGGAGUUCCUGAGUCCAAUCUCGCUUCAUCAUGGAACAAACUUUGUAGCUGCGAUAGCAGUGGCAUGGCAAGAGAGAAAGAGUACCAUCAGCUCAAGCAAGGUGAUACCAGUUGCCAACACGGACCAGCAGGUGCUGGUGUACCUGGUGGGAGCGAUCAGAGCCAUGCCGAUGGACACACUGGUACAGACUGUACACCAGGUGGUGAAGCAACCGCCUCCAAUACAAGGUGCUGGCGAGGACCUGUCCCUGGAGGUGAGCAUGCUGGAGCUGUUCUACUGCUACAUGCAGACGAGCUCGGGGCCGCAGCUGGCGGAGAGCUGGGGGUCCCUGCUGGGGCUGCUCCGGGACGGCCUGGCGCUCUCCCCGCCCGCCCUCUUCCUCAUGCUGGCCGUCCUCAACGAGUUCGUGCAGAAGAUCCCGCCUCUGGCCGAGAAGAAGGACCAGCGAGACCUGCAGGACAUCACCGCCAAGCUUAUAGAAUCAUGUGCUCAAAUUGCCGGCACAAGCCUGGAGCAGACUACGUGGUUACGCCGAAAUUUGGCUGUAAAAGAAGAGGAGCCAUCUCAGGCUGCUUCCAGAGACAAGGAUGGUUCAGUGCUGGGCUCAUCUCCGGCUCAGUACAGCGUGCAGGCGCAGAUGGUGCUGGCGGAGCUGUUGUCCCCACUGCUGGACGUCAGCUACGGCAGCCAGGAGAAGGAGAGGGUGGUCGCGCUCCUCACCACCGUCAUGUACAACAUCACGCCCUACCUCAGGAACCACACGAGGCGUAACGUGCCUUGCUUCCGUGCCUGCUCUCAACUGCUGGCCAACUUGAGCAGUUACCAGUACACUCGCAAAGCCUGGAGGAGAGAUGUCUUUGACUUGUUGCUGGAUUCGACUUUCUUCCAAAUGGAGGGAGACUGCCUGAUUUGCUGGCGCACUGUCGUGGACAACCUCAUGACCCAUGACACCACCACGUUCCGGGACCUCAUGAGUCGGGUUUCGUUGGCGCAGAGUGGUUCUCUGAGCAUCUUCUCCAGUCGGGAGCAGGAGUACGAGCUGCGUGCUCAGCUGCUUAAGAGGCUUGCCUUUGUGAUCCUGUGUAGCGAGACCGACCAGUACCAUAAGUACAUGCCUGAGAUACAAGAGCGCUUGGCGGAUAGUCUGCGCCUGCCGCAAGUGGUGCCGUCAGUGCAGGCCCAAGUGUUCCUGUGUUUCCGAGUGCUGUUGCUGCGCAUGUCGCCCCAGCACGUCACCUCGCUGUGGCCCAUCAUCAUCAGCGAGAUGGUGCAAGUGUUCCUGCACAUCGAGCAGGAGCUGUCUACGGACACAGAGGAGUUCAGGCGGAACAACAGCUCUCACAUCCGUGUGUUGUCUGCCCUGGACGCAUCGUGGGUUGUGAACAGUAGCAACGGACUGCACGCCCACGGCCACCCGCACUGGCUGCAGCUGCAGCUGGCAUCUGCCAAGCUGCUGGACCUGGCCUGCCUGCUGCCUGCCCACCGCCUCCCCCAGUUCCAGAUGUAUCGCUGGGCAUUCGUCGGUGUUGCGAAACCAUCCAACGUGAACAACAACAUACCUGACGAAGGCGUCACUCACACUGGUGCACCAGACUUCGUGCCACACGUGGUCAGGAUCAAGAGACUCAUGGACAAUAAGUUUGGAGGAGCGGUGGAGGCCUCCCGCGCACAGGGCCAGCUGCUGCUGGCGUCGCCCACGAUACGCACGCUGCAGGAGCUGCACGCCUUCUUCACGGCCAUGAGCGCACACUGUUCCUCCACGGCGCUGCGCGACAGCCAGCUCGGCGUGCUGGAAGCCGUGGUGGAGCGGGACUUCCUGGAGCGGCUGCCGGCCCGAUGAAGCUUCCAAGUCCUGUUCUGCUCUUUCGUGUACGUCGGGAUCUCACUGCAAAGCACCCCUCUCUUCAGCGUACGUGCCGUAAUGUACCGAGUACAAGUGCUUGAGGCUCCGUCUCGCAUGCACAGUUGCUUAUUUCAUUUUUGUUCAUUACUAUUAUUUAAAUGAUUUUUCUGAAAGUUAAUCUUUUUUUUUUUUUUGCAUAUGUUACCGUAUUUACUCGUGUAUAGCGCGCCCUCGUGUAUAGCGCGCACCACGAUUUUUGCAACUAAUUCCAAAGAAAAAAAAAAUUGAAAUUUUUUUUUCCCCCAUAAAUAAAUUUUACUAACAUUUUGUGGUACCUGAUUAUUUAAAUUGAUGUGUGGUGAUGCGUCAGGAAAAUACAUAAACUCUGCUGUCUAAACGGAAGAUAAUGAAGCGCUAUAUCGUCACAACUGGUACGUGGAAGGAAGGAAGGAAGGGAGGCGUGCCGCGCUACGUUGCUAAGCUGGCGCGGAGAACUUGAUGACUCACCGGUGAGGAAUGGAGGAAGCGAAGA